UUAAAGAUCGGUGUCGGGUAGGUUAGUACAAUUAGCUAAAUAUCGGGUCGAGAUCCGACAAAAUCAGGUUGGAUAUCCAACCCGGACCGGAUGUACACCCGUCUAACUGCAAGUAAGAAUAAACAAAUCCAUUUCUGAAUUUCUGCAACUUAGAAAUUUUGGCGAGAGAGAAAGAAGAAGAAGAGUGAGCAAACAAAAUGAGUUCAUCAAUGGAAGUCGCGAAUACAGCAGCAAAAGCGGCGUACAGAAGUCUUCUUCGAGCGGUGAGGAAACAUGUCGGGAAAGAAAACCACAAAUCCCAUUUCACGGAUUUCAUCAAACACGAAUUCAGAAGAAAUCUUAGCUCCCAAGACCCACAAAAUCUGAAGCUCGCGCAGGAUUACACUGUCUAUCUCAACAGCGUACACCAUCAGAAGGAAUUGCUCUUCUCGUACAAUAUCGCAGUGGAUAGGUCUGCUGAGAUGAAAAAAGUACUAGGAAAAUCUGCUGCAAGUGUAGGUCUCCAGCUGCCCGAAGUUUAUCAGGCUUAAUAGAUGGUAAGAGUGCUUCUCCCUGUUGCAAUCUUGUAGAAAUUUACCGCAGAGUUUCGAGUUUCAAGAUGUUACUCUAUUCUGACAUAUAUAAUCUCAAACAGUCUAUUAUAAAUUUGUGUGAAUAAUCUUUCACAAGUUGAAUAUAGCUACAUAAAAAAAAAAAAAAGAAACUUAGCUUCUAAGUUGUAGCUGGCCAUCAUGACAGCAUUUAGUUAAUCAUGCUUCUCGUCUACGUACAAAUAUAACACUUUAAGCAUUUAUCUGCCAACCAGCAUAUAUCGAGAUUGCACAUAUGUAGUGUCCAGUUGCAGGUUUCUCUCACGUGGUCAGAUGAAAGUACGUGUUAGUUUAAGUCGUACUUGUGUUGUGUAGAUUUGGGAGCAGGUUUUCGAGUAUGUUAAGGUGCUGUUAACAUACUUCCCGUGCUCGCUUCGUCUUCCCGUUUCCUUUAGAAUUCUUGUCUGCUUGAGCUUCAAUAAAGUAAGCAAUUGCUUAGGUUGAAAAGAAAGGGUGCUUUUUACUCAAUAAAAUUAUUUACUUGAUUUUGGAAUCCUUAGUUUUUGAAAACAUGUUGAAGGAAGCAAUAUGCAUGCUGCUUUCUAAUGUGAUUUAGAUUUUGACUUAGAUUUCUAUGCGUAAGUUCAUUAUUUUAUAUGUGUAAACUUACAAUUGAUUCUUCAAUACUAAUAAUUCUAAAUCGUUUUUCAGCAACCGAAUCCGCAGAGCAAGCAAACGGCAGUGAGCGGCGGAGUGCUAGAACUCGAAUUGUUUGAUUUGUUUUCAUUACUAAUCCUUUUAGCUCGAUGUUUGAUAAGUCUUUCAUUCAAUAUCCCGAAUGAACUAGUUAAAUGUUACUCCCUCCGUCCUAAUUUAAUAGGCCACAUUUCAUUAAUUGAAUGUUAUAUUUCAAUA